AUGAAACUUGAUGAUUCAAUUGAUUUCAACGAGAUUAAUAAAAUACCAUUACCAAUGACUCAAGAUCAAUUAGAUAAUAUGGAACAUAAAAUACUAUAUAGACAAAUUAAAUCAGUAAAAGUUGGAGAAUUAGAAAGAUUUAAAAUACAUUUUAAACCUCAUGCAGAUGGAGAUGAAAUUGUUUUACCACCUACUUUAUGGGUUAAAGUUAAAAAUUUAGAACCUGUUUCUAAAAGAGCUAUUUAUUUGGCUGGUCCAUAUAUUUUAUACGUUGACUGUCGACUGUCAGAUUAUGAUCCAAAUGUUAAGUAUUUCGUAACGGCAGAUCAACCAGUUUUUGAACCACAAUUACUACCGGGUCAAUCGUUUUAUGUACAAUUAUCAUGUCAUACUUUAAAAAAAGAUUAUUCUUGGAUAGUGGAUGUUGUUUCACAAAUAAUUUUUAAUACCAAAAUUAUGAUAGAUUUUGAAAUUACUGUGGGGACUUCAAAACAAAUAUUACAUGAUGCUGCACAACCAAAUAAUAGAGUUUUAAAUUCAGAUAAAAUUGGAAGUUUCCACCCUUUGCUAAGUGUUAGUGAAUGGGAUACAAAAGAUUUAUGGAACUUACCAGUGCUACAACGAGGUAAACCCAAGCAUCUAGUAAUACUAACACAUGGAUUACAUUCAAAUGCAAGUGCUGAUAUGAUAUUCUUAAAGGAGCAAAUUGACAAAUCUGCUAGAAACUUUAAUGCAAAUGAAGAUGAAGAAGUUGUUGUAAAAGCAUUUUUUGGAAAUAUAGGUAAAACAGAACGUGGUAUUAAAUAUUUGGGAAGUAGAGUUGCAGAAUAUAUUAUUCAGUUAGUAACUGAAAAUGAAAUGUUAAAUAAUGGACAAGUUAAUAAAAUCUCAUUUAUUGGUCAUUCUUUGGGAGGUUGUGUACAAACUUUUGCAAUAGCUUACUUGAAAGUUAAUUUUCCAUGGUUUUUUGAUAAAAUCAGACCCAUAAAUUUUAUAACAAUAUCAUCUCCAUUGUUGGGAGUGGUUAAUGAAAAUCCAUUAUAUGUCAAAUUAGUUUUAACUGCUGGAUUUGUGGGGAAAACGGGUCAAGAAUUAGGUUUGAAAUACCUUGAAAAUAACUCGAAACCAUUAUUAUUAUUACUACCAACGGGAUCUACUCAUAAAAUACUAAAGAAAUUCAAAAGAAGAACAGUUUAUGCAAAUGCUUUAAAUGAUGGUAUAGUGCCAUUGAGGACAUCUUCAUUAUUGUACCUUGAUUAUAAAGGAUUAGCACCAUUACUUAAACCAGAUAACCACUUGGAAGAUAGUGAACAUACUGGAAAAGUACCUAAAUCAGUUGAAAAGGAAAACGCAUUUUCACCAAUACAAACUUUUUUAUCAUAUUUCAUGCCUCAAAAACAAAAAGGUGAUGGUGAACAAUAUAAGAAUUUCCAAACAACAAUUGAUGGUACUGCAGCAAAUGAUGAAGACAAUGAAGGUGGUGACGAGAAAAGAGAAAUUGGUGGUAUACCACAUCUGACAUUUAUGAGUAGUGCUGCUUCAUUAAUUUUACCACCUUUACCAUCAAUGAAAUAUAUUAUAGAUCCAACAUCAAGAGAAAGUACGAUAAUUCAUGAUAAAGUCUAUUAUGAAAAGGAUUUACCCAGACGUAAAUCUGUUGCUGGUGCAUCAUUUGAAAAUGGUUCCGAUACUUCAAUAAGGAAAAAAUUAAUGGAUAGUAUAGAUUAUGAUAAUUUGGAAUAUAUUGAAGAAGAAAUAGCUCGUGAAUACCAUAAGAAUAUGGGUUGGAGAAAAGUUAUUGUAAAAUUAAAACCAGAUGCUCAUAAUAACAUCAUUGUAAGAAGAAGAUUUGCAAAUGCUUAUGGAUGGCCAGUAAUCCAACAUUUAGUAGAAAAUCAUUUUUCACACGAACUUUUGAUGAAGGAUAAGUCCACUACAACAGAACAGCCACAAAUGAAUUCAAUAUCAAGUAAUGAUUCAUUAGAUGAAGAAAUAGAUUUAACAAAAUUGAUUUCUAGAGAUGUAAUGAUUCGAAAGAAUCAUGAAAUUGAUGAAACAACAACCACAGAAGAAGAAAAUAGUAUAAAUACAGCAUGGAUAAAUUCAAAAGAUAAUGCAGAAAGUUUAUUUUCUUUAGGAGUUACUGGUUUAUUAGGUGAAGUAACGGGGAUGUUUGGGGAUUUUAGAGAUCAAUUAUAUAAUUAUAGUAUUAAUCCACCGACUUUACCGUUAAUUGGACAAAUUCCUAUACCGGCUUCAUUAGCAUCUCCUGAUAAUAUUAGAAGAUUAUCAAAUUCCCAAAAUAAUAAGGGUAAUGUUGAUGAUUCUGGAGAUUUAGGUAUGGGUAAUGGGAUAAUGAAUGAAUUUAUAUAA